UCAAAUUUGGAAGUUGAUUCAGCGCCCGUUUUGUUUGGAUGAAAAUUGAGUGCAUUGCUACUAUUCACCCUUUUUGUUGAUUUCACUGUGGCCUUUUAUAGCUUAAAUCAAAAAAAAAAUCGCUAAAGAUAACUUUGAUAUUGAUAGGCGUUCGUAGCAACAACAAAAAGUUUAUUUUUAUUUGUGGGCAGUUUUAUUUUGUUGAAAUUUUGCCAUUAUACUGUUUUUCCGGUCAUGAAGGGAAUGAUGACAUAAACAACUAAAAUAGAAGGGUUUUGUUUUUUUUUUCUUUCUUAAUUUUUUAAAAUUAUGAACAGAGGAACUCUUGUGCUGUAAGUAGCGCGUGUAUGAUCUUGACAAAAAAUAUUCAUGUUAAUAGAGACAUUGAUGAAGCUGAAUACCUUUUGGAUCAACUAGGUGCUCCUGAUAAGGACGAAGACAAAUUAGUUACUAAGUUGAGAAACAGACUGAGACUGUUUUUACAGGAAAUCAGACAAGGUGCUGAAGGCUCAGGAAACAAAGAUUAGAAGAUUGGCCUUUAAAAAUUACGAAUAAAAAUCCUAUUUGUCGGUUAAAGCCAUUACGUUAGUCUCUUUUACAUACUCUUCACUGUACACUUUUGAAUAAAAAAAAGCUGUUCUAACUAAUGCUAUAAAAAAAGCAUAAAAAAGGGCUCACAAUCUUGUUCAAUAUUUUAGCAGCAAUGUUGUUGUAUUUUUUGUAUCAACAGACUCAGAAAGCAGAGAUCUACAACUUUUGUCACUACACAGUGUUUUGCAUUUGAAAAUAGAAUUUUUGGAAAAUAAAAGUAGAGUCUUU